AGCCCAAGUUCGGGCUCCUCUACUCUAGUCUCCAUGACUCGUGUACUAGUUAACCUGUGAGCGAGAGAAGCGCCACAUUUUUAUGUGUUGACGGUGAGCCAACCAGGCUUCCGUAUCACGAUCUGGCUGCACUGAUGGUUACAGUUAAUCUUGGCAAACGGAAGCGUGGUCAUAGCGACAAAUCACUAUAGUAAUUAUAUCUUAUUGCCACGUCAUUGAUGCUUUGUAUUAGAAAAUUAUACUAAUUGUGUUCAUCGCAGGAAUCAAAAGAUAAAAGUUGUGUCAAUUUAAAAUGCUUCUAAAAAGAUAUCAAAGCUUUCGUAAAACAUUGAAAUCAUGGGCAAUACCGGAUAUAAAUCAACUACUUGAACGAGCAGACUGUAACGGACAUGAGGACCCCGUUACUGUGAGUGAAAAUUUUUCUGAAGACAUUAUGGGUCACUUAAUCGAGUGGAAGGUCGAAUUGAAAAUUUCAAGGUCAAAGUUAUUUCCUGGUGGACUGAGUUUAUCAUUCAUCCCUAUAAGCGGAAUGGAUGAUGACAUCUGUAACUUUUACCUGGUUGAUAUCGACAAAAAUCAUCUUUACAUUGGACUGAGUGACCAAAGUACUUAUACUAAUCGUGAAGACCCAGAUUUCAUUCCUUCCCGUUUCAAUAGACCAAAAGAAAAACUGCUUCCAAACAAUACCAUGACACUGCACAUAGAAGUUUUUUCUUACUUCGAUUGUGACCGUUAUCCUUGGAUGAAAUGUUUGUCAAAUAAAACUCUAAUUGUCGAGAUACCAAAUGAUUACUUUGAAUUAUAUAAACGUCAAAAAGAUAGUGGUGAUGUUGUUGACAUCCAGGUGCAGGAUAAUACAUUUCCAGUGCAUAGAAAUCUUUUAGAAAAACGUUGUCCUGUAUUGUACGAAAAAGUUGUUCGUCAUCAACAAACAUCCGACAGCAAUAACAAUUCUAAAUUAACUCUUAGGGAUAUCGAUGCAAAGAUAUUUGAAAGAGUUGUGGAAUAUAUCUAUACUGACAAGGUCUGUAACUUAAAUGAUCAUUCAGAGUAUUUGCUAGAAGCUGCUGAUAAAUAUGAAUUGAUAAGACUGAAAAAAAUGUGCGAACAGUCGAUUGUCUUUGAAUAUCUUGAAGAAGAAAAUGCUCCAGUGAUUUAUGAUUUAGCUAUCCGAUGUCACGCUCCUCAAUUAAAAGAAGCUGCCCUGGUUUUUCGGCCGGCUAUUGAAACCCCCGAUGCAGCGAGGCCUUCCCCCGUUAUCACAAAAACUUUCAGCAAAACCGGAUAUGAUGUAAGGAUGGUAGAAUGUACCUACUCAACACCUCACUAAAUAUAUCAACUUUAUUCAAAAAUCGUUAACCCUAACAGCUCAGCUCGAAAACUUGUCGAUUCAAAGAUUUCUCUACUUCAAUACAUCAGGGGCCCCAAUCUAUGAACACACAUACGCGUUAAAUGUAUAAGUGCAUCCGUGUACUUCACAUGUAACAUGUAAAAAUAUACAAUAUUUAAUAAUGUUCAUCAGGUUUGCAUUACUAAAGAUGCAUAUAUUAUUAACUAAGUUAUAAUGAUUGAAAGAAAUUAUAAAAAUUUGUAAGCAAUUGUUUUUGUGAAUUUUAUUGAAUUUAUUUUAUUAUUCUAUUAAAAUUUUUCAACAUACACAAAAAAUAAACAAUUCAGUAAUCAAUUGUAGUACUGUAAAAAUUGAUCAAUAAAACUUU